UUGGCUUGACGUGCGCCAGUGAAAAGCCGCGGCGUCGAAGGCGGCGGAGAAACGACAUGGCGGCGGUAAGGGCGAGUGUUAAAGCGGUGAGCGCUCGGAGGCUGAGGCUGCCGACCAAAGCAGCCCUGGUGCUGAGCUCAUCUGCUGUCAACAGAAUUAAAAGUCUUCUGCAAGAGAGACCAGAGUGUGUUGGUUUGAAGGUAGGAGUCCGCACACGUGGCUGCAGUGGUUUGUCAUACGUGAUAGACUACGCAACAGAGAAGGGAAAAUUUGAUGAAGAAGUUAAUCAGGAUGGUGUACGUGUGUUCAUUGACCAGAAAGCACAGUUAACCCUGCUUGGAACUGAGAUGGAUUUUAUUGAAUCAAAACUCUCUAGUGAAUUUGUUUUCAAUAACCCAAAUAUUAAGGGAACAUGUGGAUGUGGUGAAAGCUUUACUGUAUAAAUUAAACACUUAUAAAAUGUAAGCUAUAUGGAACUGUACAGAUAAAUUUUGAAAUUCACAAAAGAAUUGGAUGAGGUGGCUGAAUCUUGCAGAACUUUGGGGAAAGAACAGGGGUAAUGGAACUUUUGAGAUUAUUCACAUUGAUUAGUCAGCAUAUUGGGUUGAAUAAUCUCCAUCUGCAACAUGAGAGAUUGAAUUCUCAAAAUCUUACAUUUGUACAUCUUGCCUUAAAGUCUUGGAGCAAAAGGAACAAUUUAAAGCUAUUUAAUAUUUACAUCCAUUGCUCAAAUGUGGCUCAUCAUUACUGCUAAAAGCCUCUUCAAUGUCGAGAGUUAUUAGGGGUUUUUAUAAAUUAAAACCAAUUAGAAUCUUGUACUGUAGGUAUUCAAUUGAAUUGUACAUUUGUACUAAAUAUCAAUCCUGUGUGUAAAUAUUUAAUUUAUGCUGCUAUUUUGCUAAAUCAGUUAAAGGUGAUGUGUAUAAAAACUCUGGAUCAUUGGAUUUGACAUUAGUGGGGGAAAAUCUUGUAGCUCCAAAACAUGCACUGCAUCUGUGAAUUACCAAGUGCUUUUCUCCUUGAUUCACAGCUAAACAUUCAGAAACUUAGCACAACUUUGAAUUAAGGUAUGAGGUUUAUAUAUUCAUAAGUGUCUCAUUUGUCAAAUAAAAUAGGGCAUUAAACUUUGAGCUAAGUGGCUUGUGGGUAUGCUACUUAUAAUUCAAAUUUGUAAUAACCUAAAAGAAAUGUGCUGCUAAAAUUCUGUACAAUAAAAUUUAAUUUGUCAUCUGGAAGUUACAUGACAUUAACUUGCUGUGUCUGUUAAUAUUCUGGAAGGGAUUAUAGGGGUAAAAAUUUACAAACUUGGGUAUGAUUAGGUCAAGUCUAGAAUGAAGGGGUUUAGCUGCACACUAAUCAGGAUUUGAUCUUUUCCACUCACUCACUAACGCACACACCCACUUCUGAUAAUGAAGCAGUUGAUGCAAACCCAAAGCAAAGGUUUGAUAAUAUCUACCUUUUGGGCUCUAACAACAGGAAGGUUCAUCUCAUGAAAUAACCAAGCCAUCUGUUUGCUUUUUGCUGGUAUAACCAUUUCUCAUUAUCCCACCAACAGCAUAGCCAGGAUUUUGUGUUCAGUGGUGAAGUGAUUGGCAUUCAUCACUGACUUUGAAGAAAACUUCCCACAGUAAUCAAAUGAUUUAUGCCAUAG